UAGCAUUUUACAUAAGUUUUUUCUCGUGUACAGAACCUAUAAACAUCACUUCCCCCACUCACUCACACACACUCUCUCUCUCUCUCUGCACAAUCAAGGCAAAUGGGUUACCCCUAUGGUUCCACGGAGUUCCGCCUCCCAAACCUACUCCUCCACACCCUCCUCCUCCCGGGUCUCAUCGGCCACCUCAUCUCCUCCCUCUUCCACCCUCUCGGUCUUUCCCAUUACCUCCUCAACCCACAAACCCCUUCUUCACCCGCCCGACCCAACUCCCUCUCGGAUCUGAACCCCCGUUCCCUAUCCCGGUUCCAAGACCUACUACUCCCUGUGAUGAAGUUCUCGGACCUGGUGGCGGACCACCCCCUGCCGCUGCCGCCGGAGGACUGCGCCGUGUGCCUGUGCGCUUUCGACGGUAGCGACGAGGUCCAGCGGCUGACGAAUUGCCUGCACAUUUUCCACCGGAGCUGUCUUGACCCGUGGAUGGACGAAGAAUUGUUCAUUGCUCCUGGAGCAUCAUCACAUGAUUUACUCAGUUCAUUUUCUACCACACAUUGUGGUCGGCCCAGGAUUUGUCCCCUUUGUCGGGCUCCACUUGUGCCCAGCUAGGUGUCGCAGGGACUAAUGGUACGCUCAAAACUUUAAAACACAGUUACGGACCCAACUGUGUUGAUUAAUCAUUGAAAAGAGUUUUCUUUUUGUUCAUUAAUCAAUGCACAGCAAACAGUGUGUUAUUUGUUUCGAUCCAAUUCUCUUAAAUGCUAUAUUACUCUCUCUUUUUUCUUU